AAUGAAUAAGCAACAGUAACUGGUAUUUUUACGUUAACCUGUGAGCUAGAUGUCGUCCUCCGUCAUUUCAUCACACAUGCCUGAAGUGUAAAAGGCAAGGUUGUCUCUGUAACCAGAAUCUACUUGCAAUGUGAAAGGAGCGGCGGAUUGCCUCUUGCGUUUUUUUAUUUUAUUUUAUUUUUACCACUGGUUCUAUUCCAAGCUGCAGUCAUUUAAUAUAAGCUUUCAGGAAGACUAUCUGGCCACCAUGGAUGAAGCCACGAAAGCCUCGAUUAAUCCGGAGUGUCUACAGGAACCUCCACUGGCUCUGGACAUGAUAAUGCAGCUAGAUGUGUUUGGGAUUUGCCUCUAUUCCAUGCUCUCCUUCAUGUCCUUGGUUACCCUGCUGCUGUACCUGGAGCAGUGUGUGUACAUUUACAAAAAGGUGUCCUAUCCCAAGAAGACCACCAUUAUCUGGAUAAGUGGUGCUGCACCAGUCAUCGCCACCAUGGCCUGCUGUGGGAUGUGGGUUCCCCGCGCUGUUAUGAUCACAGACAUGACAUCAAACUGCUAUUUUGCAGUUGUGGUGUACAAGGUUCUGGUUCUGCUGAUUGAGGAGCUUGGGGGCGCCAGUGAUUUUCUACAACGAUUUUCUGGGAAACCGUUCAGGAUCAACACAGGACCCUGCUGUUGCUGCUGUGUCUGCUUUCCUCAUGUACCAAUGUCACGGCGGAUGUUAUUCCUGCUGAAGCUCGGAGCUUUACAGUAUGCAAUCCUAAAAACAGUUCUCUCUAUCCUUUCUGUUAUUCUCUGGACAAAUGGCACCUUUAACCUAGCUGAUCUAUCGAUCACUGGAGCAACCAUUUGGAUCAACCCAUUCAUUGGUGUUCUCCUCGUCAUCACCCUUUGGCCUGUCGGUAUCAUCUUCAUGAACACCAACAUCCUCAUGCGCAGUCUGAAAAUCAUUCCUAAGUAUGCUAUGUACCAACUCAUACUUAUCCUGAGUCAGCUCCAGACAUCCAUCAUCAACAUCCUGGCCUUAAACGGAGCCAUCGCCUGCGCCCCUCCCUUCUCCUCUCUGGCUCGUGGAUCCAUGUUGAGUCAGCAGAUAAUGAUUAUGGAGAUGUUCAUCAUCAGCCUCGUCACCCGGUCUUUGUACCGCAGGACGUAUGACCCACUUCCCUCUGAGGAGCACGACAAUGAGCAGAACAACAAGGAGGCCCUGAAGUCUGCUCUGGAGGAGCAUGACGUUUAAGAGGAGGACGGCGUGUCAGCAUCAGUCUCUGACAUGUAUAUAGGAAGCAUAUAAGUUAGAAAAUUUACAUGUUUUACCUUGUGAUGUUUAAGGAUAGGGUGCUUAUUAUUUAUCAAGGUACGAUUUUAAGUAAUUUUUAAAACAAUUUACAGGGCACUUUUCGAAGUGAAUUGUUUCUAGUUUAUUAUUUUUGUACUUAGGUGAUGGAAUUUUCUUUCUUCAUAAUUACAAUAUAUGGACCAAAGUCAAAGUCCUGACAACUAUGCUAAAUGGGAAAGUUUACUUCUGAGUAUAUUAGAGCCCCCAUACAACCAAACACAAACCCACUACCCCAAUGGCUAAUUCUCUGAAAAAAAAAAACAAAACAAAAAAACAGCAUAGUAACUUUUCAGUUAGUAAUUUAUCAGACCAAUUAAAAAUGUGGUUUUGUAUUUCGUCUUGAACUUUUUUAGACGCGUCAAUUGGAUUUGAGUAUAUUUCAGAUUUUCAGCGAGACACGACUACGUUUGGGUUAUAUUAUUGAGAAAAACACUCUGUGACAUUUAGUUACCUCUGUCUCGUUAUCUAUAUAUAUCUUCACAAAGUUCUUACACAAAAGAAAACUUGUUUCAUGGGCAGCUCAGUUUAUGACUUCCUAGCAAAUGUUCCCUUUCCCAGGACUUGCUGCCCAGGGCAAAAGUCAUCUCACUCGUGUCAAAAACAACCAUUAAGGUUCAGGGGAAAAGUAUUUUUGGCCAAUCACAUUGAUCUACUGGAUUCUUUUGCCUUAUUCCUUCUUAUGUAAAUUUCUCUCAGAUGAUUCUUAAGUGAUAUUGAACAAAUCCUCAGGAAGCAGACUCUUUUUUUAAGUUAGUAAACUGACAACAUUUGGGUUUACAUUUGAAUAAAGAUUAUUUAUCUAAAACAUGCUUUUAUUUAUGUGCCCGAGUGUCUGCAUCAGUAAGAAAUUAUGACUAUGAGUUGUGAUCUAAAAUGGCGACUAAUUUUCAAUUAAAAUGGGAAAUGUACUGAAAAACUUUUAUUUUAGUUGUUCAUUAAAGUUCAAAGUUUCUCACAUCAGUUUCCUCACUGUUUUGCAUCAUUUGAAGGAGGUGCACCACAGCUCCCAUCUUUCCUACAAUUUGCAGGUGCAUCAUAAAACAAUUGUUUCAUUUAAAGGUUGAUUUAGUUCCAAAAAUUUAAAACUCCUACAGAAUCAAAUCAGACUGAUAUAUUUUCAUAUUUUUCUAUUAUUUUGCCUCUGGUUUAAAGGCAACGGUUUUAGGCCAGGGCUUGGAUACAUCUUGGGUGGCGUCUCUUCAAAUCCUGUUUUAACUCAAUCCACAGCUUAUGGACGGUGUUAACAUAUUCGUGCAUGGCCUCCUCUGAAGGCUACAAUAAUCAUUAUUGCUUCUACAACUAUUUCUGACAUUCUUUUUCCUUUCUCUGAAACCUGCCAGCUUAUGUAUCAUUGACCUUUUGUAGUUUUGUUAUAUAAAGAUGGAGUCAGGAUGUUUACUGGACCAGUAUCGAUACAAAUGUCUUCCCUAUUGAAGGUCAUGACGUUUGGGUAUUAUAACAAGACUACUUCUUUUAUUGUUUUUAUGUAAUCUCAUUUUCUUAGCAAAUAAAUGUUGGAUUUUUAUUAACAGCAAGCCAUAAUAAUCAGAGGAAGCAUGCUUGAAAGAUAUCACUGUGAUGAAUGUAUAAAUUUC